AUGGUCAAAGAAAUCCAACUUCCUGAGGUGAAAGAUUUACUGUCUGAAUCCACCGUUUCCUUCCCUCCGGCCCCUGCUGCAGAGGGCCCUCAGAUAGAGCCAUUGGACGAACAGAAGAUGUUCAAGUCUCUACAAGCGAUCUUGGAUGAAUCAGAGAAAGAAGAAGGUAGCUUCGCUGUUGGGGAGCUUCGAGCAUCUCUGGAAGAAGCAGAUGAAGAUGCCAGACAUGGGACUCGGGACCCGCGAACGUUGUCGUCUGUCAAGGCAACUGUGGAGAAGCUUUGGCAGUCUAGAUCCGAGUAUAUGGCACCAGCUGUAGAGGCUCUAGCUAAUGCUAGUCGAGACCCUUCAUGGCGGGCCCCAUUCGGAGAGUCUGGACUGCUGGACUUUUUCCUCCGGAUAAUUGCAUCGACGGAAGAGGUCGAUGACGAGAUUUUAUUGCAUUCUCUACGUCUAGCAGGGAACUCAUGUGCCGAUACAAAUGAGAAUAGACAGAUCGUAGUGGACGGCAAUUAUACGCUUGCCAUUCUGAGACUAUUUCUGAAGCCCAGUCUCGUUCAAAUCGCAAUCCCAGUGAUAUAUAAUAUAUGUACUGAUUUCGAACCUGCUCAGUCCCAGGUUGCUCACAAUCGAGUGGCGUACAUUCUCUUGAAGUUAAUCAAAGACGGCUCAAUCAGGGGUAACGCGCUAUUAAACUACGCAUAUGAGCUGAUCGAGAUGGCUGCUGAACAAGCGUUGGCCCAACUACGCCUUAAAGUUAACCAGGCAUUAUCGGAUCUUUCUGCGCUACCGGAAUUCGGCGAGCUCUACCCUCUCGGGUCUCCCUUCUCGAAAGUCUUGGAGUCGUAUCUCAAUACGAAGGAAGACCAACUGCAGAUAUGCUCCUGCGUUAUGCUUGGAAAUCUGGCACGGUCCGACGAAGUCUGUGCCAGGAUGGUUCGCGAGUUCCGCAUACAUGAGCGGUUGAUCUCUAUCUUGAAAAGCGAUGCUGUAGGCGCUGUCCUACAUGCCGCUAUCGGGUUUCUUAAGAACCUCGCCAUUGCCAGUGAGAAUAGACCGUUCCUGGCCAGUGCUGGCCUUAUACCAGCUGUAUCUCGGCUAUGGGCGUUCGAGACAGUUCCCCAGAUCCAGUUCUCCGCCGUCAGUCUCGUCCGCCAAGUCACUGUAUCAUCCGUUGAAAAUGUCUCGCAACUACUCGAACGCCUCUCUGCGGAUCCAGAUUCUCCAGCACACAACAAGACUUAUCUAUCAUUACUGCUCUCCCUCUUUGGUAGGACCGAUUCUGCCCCCAUAAAGACGGAAAUUGGCCGCACAAUCGCAUCUUUAUGCCGCACCAUCAAUUCUAAGACACGAGAGAGCAGCGAAGAAAUAAAUACGCUAUUCGAACGUCUGUUCGAUCUGCAUCCGGACGUGGCUCGCCCUCUUGGUGCGAUGAUCACUCAGAAGGAGUGGCCAGUCGUGCGAAGUGAAGGCUGGUUUGCCAUUGCCCUUAUGGCGUCAAGCAAGGAAGGCUCUGUGGCUGUCGUUGACUGUCUGCAGAACAUGGACGUCUACAAGCUCCUCGAAGAGACACUCUCGUCUGAUAUUCCGGACUCCCUGGACGAGAAAGAAAAGCAAAAGAGAAGCAAGGAUCGUGACAAUACUAUUAUCCUAGUACAGGAAUUGUUGAAGCAUGAUGUGGUUGGGACGGUGCUGUUGGGGGCCCUGACGCCGGCGACUUUUCUGGAGCUCGCGGAGAAGGGCAAUGGAGGAGGGGAAAAGACGCGCGAAUUGAAAAUGCUGGAAGCCUCGCGCAGUGAGAUCGAGAAGACUGUCGACGAUGAUGCGCGAGGUUUGUCAAGGGUUCUUCAGAAACUGCAGAUCUUGUACUGCAAAUACAUUUACGAACCGAUUGCUACCGGCUUGAGGUUUUUCCAUUUGGUGAUCAUCUUCAUCCCUGUUAUUGUGACGGUGCCAGCUAUAUGGUUUGGGAGACGGGUCAAGAGUCGCGGUGGCGAACGGACAGGUACACUCUGGUGGUAUGGAUUUCUGGUCAGUUCAAUGGAACGUGCUGGACCGGCGUUCAUCAAACUUGGACAAUGGGCAGCUUCGCGAACAGAUAUAUUCCCUCCUGAACUCUGCAGUCGGAUGUCUUCUCUCCAUUCCAAUGCUCCCGCGCACUCGUUACAUGCUACGAAGGAAAUAGUCUCCAAAGCGUUCAACAUGCCCUUCGAUGAGAUUUUCGAGGAGUUCCAGGUCGAACCUCUUGGAGUCGGAGCCAUCGCGCAAGUCUACAAGGCUAAGCUAAAACCAAGUCUGGCAGCGACGAGUGAGUCGGUAAACCCAGCGCAGCCGACUGACCUACCUUCGAGGGUCCGCAGGAACGUGGAUGUCCUGGUGAAGAGCUCCCCACACCAUGUACCCUCGUCCUACGUGGCUGUGAAAGUGCUCCAUCCCAAAGUUGAGAGGGUUGUCCGUCGGGAUUUGAAGAUUAUGGAAUUCUUCGCAGCUGCCAUAAAUGCUAUUCCUACCAUGGAAUGGCUGUCACUGCCGGACGAGGUCCAUCAGUUCGGAGAAAUGAUGAAACUGCAAUUGGAUCUGCGCAUCGAGUCGACAAACCUGACUAUUUUCAGGGAGAAGUUCAAGUCGCGGACAACAGCCUGGUUCCCCUAUCCAUAUACGGAAUAUACCUCGCGCGAGGUUCUCAUUGAGGAGUUCGCGCAGGGCAUUCCUCUCUCGACUUUCCUCGAGGUAGGAGGUGGUCCCUACCAGGAGGAGAUUGCAGAUGAAGGUCUAGACGCGUUUCUCCACAUGCUGCUAAUUGACAACUUCAUCCAUGCCGAUCUUCACCCGGGAAAUAUCAUGGUCCGCUUCUAUAAACCAAGCCAGCUGGACCUGUCAUUGCGAAAGGACACCCGUGCGACUGAAGCAACAUCCUCCGCAGAAGCUGAUGCAACGGAAACAGUUCUUGCACGCCUGCGACCCCAUAGCAAAGACCGUGAGGCGUGGAACGCUGCGUUGACCGAGAUCGACUCUGAAGGCUACCGUCCACAGCUCAUCUUUGUCGAUACAGGUCUCGUCACUGAACUUAACGAGACAAACCGCAGGAACUUCAUUGACCUCUUCCGUGCCAUUGCCGAAUUCGACGGAUACAAAGCCGGGCACCUUAUGGUUGAGCGAUGUCGACAGCCAGAGGCUGUCAUCGACCCGGAGAUCUUCGCUCUGAAAAUGCAACAUCUCGUCCUGGGCAUCAAAUCGCGCACUUUCGCAUUAGGAAACGUCAAGAUCGGCGAUGUCCUCAGCGAAGUACUUUCCAUGGUCCGUGACCACCACGUACGACUAGAAGGCGACUUCGUCAAUGUCGUCAUUUCCGUCCUUCUUCUCGAAGGUAUCGGCCGGAGCUUAGAUCCCGACCUAGAUCUGUUUAAGAGUGCUCUGCCUAUCCUCCGCCAACUGGGCACCGGAACUACAUUCCUCAAAUCCGUUCGCGAGGGAGAUACCUCCAUGCUCCGCGUCUGGGUCGGUCUCGAAGCUCGCACUUUCCUCCAAGCUAGUGUUGAAAGUGUUGAGAUGUGCGUGAAAUAUGACCUUUUGUCGCCUAAUAUCUAG